AUGUGCCCGGCGCUGCCGCCACCUCUGCUGUCUCCUGUCUGCUCCCCCAGUCCGGCGGUACACACCUCUGCUGUGACUGCCUGCUCGCCCAGUGACGGCGGCUACACCUACUCUGCGUGUGACCUGUCCUGCUCCCCCAGUCCGAAUGCGGCGGCCGACACCCUCAGUGUGACAUGUCUGCUCCCCAGUGGCGGCGGGCUGCCACCACCUCUGCUGUCUCCUGUCUGCUCCCCCCCGUUCACGGCAGCUACACCACCUCUGCUGUGA